GGGUGAAGCUGCUGUGGGCUGGUGGGUGUGGUGUAGCUGCCUCUGGUGACUUAACCUCAAAACGGGAAAAGAAGUGAUUCAGCUUCUCCGCCAGCGGAGCAUCACCGUCGACAGCAGUGAGGUUGCUGGAUCUGUAGUUAGAGAUGUGCCGUACUCCCAGCCACACCUGUCUGGAGUCGCUGCUCUGAAAGCAGUCCUCAAUCCUCGGAUGAUGUGGAACGAUGAUGUGGAACGAUGAUGUGGAACGAUGAUGUGGAACUAUGAUGUAGAGGACCUGAGUGUCUUCACAAUGCCCUUCCUGGAUGGGGAUCCGGGUCAAGCGGAGAGAGACUGCAGCAGGAAGAGGGAGCCUCAGUGCCGCUCCGCCAGCCCCACCUGGAGCUUCUUCCACCGGGCUUCGAGCAGCCGGCCCUCCAGCCCCCACUCCGCCCCGCCCAGAACCUCCAGCUCCCAGACCAGUCCCAGCUCCCCGAAAACCAUCUUCCACUACCAGACUGGACUCCACCACCAAGACUCGCCACCCAAGUCUCCUCGCAGGCUCAGUUUCAGUGGGAUCUUCCGGUCAGCGUCCAAGGAUUCAAACCAGCAAACAUCAUCGCCUGUCAGCAUCAAAUUGUUCUCCCGGAACAAAAGAGACAAGGCCAGAGCCCACAGCUUGUGCUCCCCUGCGCCCCCUCCCGGCCCGUCCGCCCUCCCCCGUCAGGACGAGGUGACCGUCUUCCACCUGGAGACGUACCUGAAGGAGCCGCAGCGUCCCGAGACCCGGAGGUUACGCUCCUUCUCCUCCCCCCCGGACACGGGACCGCGCUGCUCCCACCCGUCCUCCUCCUGCCGGCUGCCUCUUCCUGGCUCUCCUCCAAUCAGGCGUCUGGUGGAGGUUGCCGGUGCCACGCCGGAGCAACCGGACCCCGACGAUGCCGCGUUGGAGGAGUCGGAGAGAGACAUCUACAUGCGCUUCAUGAAGUGUCACAAAUGUUACGACAUCAUCCCCACCAGCUCCAAACUGGUGGUGUUCGACACCACGCUGCAGGUGAAGAAAGCGUUCUUUGCUCUGGUGGCGAACGGCGUACGAGCUGCUCCGCUGUGGGAGAGCAAGAAGCAGGGCUUUGUGGGAAUGUUGACCAUCACAGACUUCAUCAACAUCCUGACCAGAUACUACAAGUCACCCAUGGUCCAGAUCUACGAACUGGAGGAACACAAGAUCGAGACGUGGAGAGAGCUGUACCUGCAGGAGACCUUCAAACCUCUGGUCCACAUCUCCCCUGACGCCAGUAUCUUUGAGGCCGUGUACUCCCUGAUCAAGAAUAAGAUCCACCGCCUUCCUGUCAUCGACCCCAUCAGCGGGAACGCCCUCUACAUCCUGACGCACAAGAGGAUCCUCAAGUUCCUGCAGCUCUUUGUGUGUGAGAUGCCCAUGCCAGCCUUCAUGAAGCAGACUCUGGAGGAGCUGAGUGUGGGGACGUACUCCCACAUCGCCUACAUCCAUCCUGACACGCCGCUCAUCACAGCGCUGUCCGUGUUCACGCACCGCCGCGUCUCCGCCCUGCCCGUCGUGGACCACAGCGGGAGAGUGGUGGACAUCUACUCCAAGUUCGACGUCAUUAACCUGGCGGCUGAGAAGACCUACAACAACCUGGAUGUGACGGUCACUCAGGCUCUGCGGCACCGGUCCCAGUACUUUGAAGGAGUGGUGAAGUGCAACAAGCUGGAGACUCUGGGGACUAUCGUGGACCGCAUCGUGAAGGCUGAGGUUCACAGGCUGGUGGUUGUGGAUGAAGAGUCUCAUAUCGUUGGCAUCGUGUCCCUGUCCGACAUCCUGCAGGCGCUGGUCCUGAUGCCGGCAGGUCUGAAGAGGAAGGAGUCCAUCCCCUGUCCGGCCCCUGUGGUGGACUCCUCUGGGCUGGAGACAGAACCUGGAACUGGACCAGAACCAGAACCAGAACCAGAACCAGAACGGGACCAGGGCCACGAAGAGGAGCCUCAAAUCAACCCUGAACCGAGCCAGGACCCGGAGACCAGGACCAGGAGUCCUGCACCUGCACAGAGCUGCCAGCAGGGGGAGACAGAGGGGGAGGGACGGGAGGAGGAGGGGCUGGCAGGGAGAGCUCCACCAGAACCUGGACCAGAACCUGGACCUGAUCCUGAUCCUGGAACCCAGAACCGCCGACGGAUGGCAGCCUCUGAUUGGUGGAGAGAGCUUUACUCUCUGGUGGAGGGCGGUGCUCGUCCACCGCUCAGCGCUGCAUUUGUAACCUUUCAUACUUUGUAG